UGCUUUCAUGCAAUGUUUCUUUUUAAUGAAAAAGAAAGAUACCCUUAGACGGGUUAAUUUUCAAAGGGCUAGUCAUUUUGCCCCUGAAAGGCUAUUUUUCAAAGUUGUUUGAUAGCCAACGUUUUAUUUUAAUUUUAUUUUUAUUUAAACCCGCCCUCAAAAAACUUGAAAUGCAGUGAGGCAGCUUGCUAAUAUUUUUAUUUCACAGAGACAUCUGUUACUCCUGCUGACAAAUGUACCACUCUGCCAAGAAAGUUUAAAAAAAAAAACCAGCAUGUAAUUGAUGUUAUCCCAAGAAAGCGCUAUCUCCACCCCUUUCAGCUCCAAGCCCUUCAGGUAAAAGAAAAAAAAAUAUCUUUCAAGAAUUUGUUGCCUUUUUGAGGGUUAAUACAUCAGAAGAGAAGCUUGUCUCGCCUUGGCCAAUCAGAACUCGGCUCUGGCAGCUAUAAUAUAGAACUAAAGGCAGACUCCUCUCACAAGCGUCUCUAGCCUUGCUACCAUUAAAAUCAGACCCUUUUUGUCUCUCGAUUGCUGUCUCACGACCAAACUCCGAUGUGUUCCGUUAUCAGCGACCUAAAGCCUGCCAUUCCAACACCUGCCUUGCUAGGGAUCGGUGGAUAGUAUACGAUUCAGAACGCAGACAAGGACGUAGGAAGAGAGAGAUCUAGAGAGACAGCCAGGGAUAGACACAGAGAGCUUUGAAGUAAUUGGAUUCAAUGGACGAAAUGCUGCUGUUGACAAGAAUUCUGUUGGUGGGCUUCCUCUGCGUUCUCUUGGUCUCCUCUGGGCUGACUUGUGGACCAGGCAGGGGUAUUGGAAAAAGGAGACACCCCAAAAAACUGACCCCUUUAGCCUAUAAGCAGUUUAUUCCCAAUGUGGCAGAGAAGACCCUAGGGGCCAGUGGAAGAUAUGAAGGGAAGAUCUCAAGAAACUCGGAGAGAUUUAAAGAACUAACCCCAAAUUACAACCCUGACAUUAUUUUUAAGGAUGAAGAGAACACUGGAGCUGACAGACUGAUGACUCAGAGAUGCAAAGACAAGCUGAACGCCCUGGCGAUCUCGGUGAUGAACCAGUGGCCCGGAGUGAAGCUGAGGGUGACCGAGGGAUGGGAUGAAGAUGGGCACCACUCCGAGGAGUCGCUGCACUACGAGGGCCGGGCCGUAGACAUCACUACCUCGGACAGGGACCGCAGCAAGUACGGCAUGCUGGCUCGGCUGGCGGUAGAGGCUGGCUUCGACUGGGUCUACUACGAGUCCAAGGCCCACAUCCACUGCUCCGUCAAAGCUGAGAACUCGGUGGCAGCCAAGUCGGGCGGCUGCUUCCCGGGCUCGGCCACGGUGCACCUGGAGCAGGGCGGCACCAAGCGGGUGCGGGACCUGAGCCCCGGGGACCGCGUGCUGGCGGCGGACGCGCAGGGCCGGCUGCUCUACAGCGACUUCCUGGCCUUCCUGGACCGCGAGCACGGCGCCCCCAGGCUCUUCUACGUGAUCGAGACGCGGCAGCCGCGGGCCCGCCUGCUGCUCACCGCCGCCCACCUGCUCUUCGUGGCCCCCCCGCACAACCUCUCCCAGCCCCAGCCCCCGGCCCCGGCCCCGGCCCCGCCCGGGGCGGCCCGCAGCCGCGCGCUCUUCGCCAGCCGCGUGCGGCCGGGCCAGCGGGUCUACGUGCUGGGCGAGGGCGGCCGGCGGCUGCUGCCCGCCGCGGUGCACAGCGUGUCCCUGCGGGAGGAGGCGUCGGGGGCCUACGCGCCGCUCACGGCCCAGGGCACCAUCCUCAUCAACCGGGUGCUGGCCUCCUGCUACGCCGUCAUCGAGGAGCACAGCUGGGCGCACUGGGCCUUCGCCCCCUUCCGCCUGGCCCACGCCCUGCUGGCCGUGCUCUCCCCCGGCGCCGCCCCGCCCGAGGCGGAGCCCGCCCCGCCGGGCCUCCACUGGUACUCUCGCCUCCUCUACCGCAUCGGCAGCUGGGUGCUGGACAGUGACUCCCUGCACCCGCUGGGCAUGGCCGUGCCGUCCAGCUGAGAGCCCCCGCAGCCCCGAGAGCGAGCGAGCGGGGGGGGAGGGGGGGACGCGGAGGAAAAAGAAAAGGGGGAAAAAUGUUUUAAAGGAGAGCACGGCUUGAGACAAAAUAAUAAUAAUAAUAAUAACAAUAAAAAUAAUCAAAGUAGGACCGUCCAAAGUAGACUUCAAGGAAAACAAAGCCCCGGGACGUUGAGUUCUGUUUAGGUUAUAAAUAUAUAUAUAUAUAUAUAUAUAUAUAUAUAUAUUUUUUUAUUUGGUUGGUUAUUUUGUUCUGUUCUCUUGCUUGCUCUGUUUUUUCUCCUCUCCUGGAUAUUUAUUGGUUUUGUAUUUUAAAUAGAGGUUUUAAAAUGGAUAUGAACCGGACCUUCAAGAGCCUUAAGAAGUUUCUUUGAUAAUUUAUUAUCGCCUGAACUGCACUCACAGGGGAAAACGUUAUUUUGUGAGGCCAAGCAAAACUGCGCAGAGUCUAUUUUUCUACAUGUCACACGUCUCCUGACUUUCAGAAAGCAAAAUUCUGUACUUUCCCAUCCCUCCAUUGCAAUGCUCCUUCUGUUCAGCAAGUCUUAAACACAAACAAAAAAGACAAACUUCAUGGGGUCCAUAAAUUAUAUUUUUGUACACAGAAUUGUAAAUUAGAUUUUUUUGAGAGAUCAAUACUUAACUUGAAUCACAUUUCGUUUUUGAAAUAGUGUAAAAUAUGAGAAUAUAUUAUUUUAAUUUAAAUAGUUUCAACUGUAACAUCAUUUCCUGUAUUUUUCAUGUUUCGUAAAUAUUUUGCUUUGUAAAAACACUAUUUGGGCCACGCUCUUGGAAGUCAAGACUGUUACACAAACUUUUUAUUUACAAAACAGUAAGAAACUUUGUUAUUUUGAACGUCAAAAAAAAAAGAAAGAGAAAGAAAGAAGAAAUGUAUGAGAAAAUAAUAUUUUUUAAAAAGCGCACAUGGCGGUGAUUCUGUGACGAUGGAGAGGGUAGUUUGUACAGAGGGGGAAAACGGAUGUUUUGCAUUAAUAAAUGGAGAAAUAACUGCUGUAAAUUUACUAAAAUGUAUUUUUGAAUAUUUUGUAAUAGUUUUAUAGAAAUAAAAGUGUGCCGUGCACAGUCUGGUUAGUGUAUAAUAACUAAGAGUUCCUGGUGCAUCCCCUUUUUUUUCUUUUUUGCUUAUUGGUUUAGCAAACGGGAUACCUACAGAAAUGCCCAUUGUUUUCUUUAGAUGUGUUGCUUACACUUUGAAUUCUGCUAAACUUGAGGAAGUAACCAAAUACAUCACAUCAGCUCUUGGGAAACCUCAUAUUUGGUGUACUAACAGUAGAACCUCACUUAUUCUCACUAAUGACUGGCGGGCACAUUUUGGAUUACUGCAGUCUGAACCAAAUCUUGCCACCCUUUCUCAGGCAAAGCUCCACUGUUCCAGAUUCUGUGUCACUUAAGAACUCAUCCAAAGACCACUGAAGGCAAUGGGAAUCUUUCCAUUGGCUUCUCAGAGGAGUACAUUGGACUGUUAAGGCAAGCUAAUCUGCAAGUGAACUAUGGUACCCAGGAAGAGCCCCAGUGAUUUCUAUUAAUCUGCAGAAAUGGGGUUCUAAACUGAUGUAAAUCUGGUGCAGCCACAGUUACUCUGGAUUCACACUGCUGUAGCUGAAAGAAGAAUCUGGCCAGUAGAUUUCAGUGGCUGUCUUGCCUGAGUAAAGAUGCAGGGAUUGGAGCUUUUUU